AUGAUAAUCGGUAUUCGUACCUCAACAACUUUUUUUUCCUUCUUUCUCCUCUUCAUUGCAAAUUCCCCCUCUUUUGCUGAAAAACAAAAUCGUGCAAAACGUUUUGCUGCAUUUGGUUCUUUGGCUACAAUUGGGGGAAAAGUUGGAUGUGUUGUUUCGCAAAACAAAUUAUUUAUUAACGGACAUUUUGUAAAAGAUUUGGAUGUUGAUGAACAGAGUGAAUUGAAGGAUUAUCAACCAAGUUUCUGUUCAGACAAGGCAACAACCCAAUAUAUUUUCGAUGGAUGUUCAGUACAAGGAGACAAUAUUUAUAUUGGGGAUACUUUUGUACGUAAAUUAACUGCUGAUGAACAACGUGAAUUGGAACAAUUUGAUGCCAAAUUUAGUACCUACCAAAAAGCUGCCACAGCUGAUUUCCGUAAAAAAGUUCAAUCAGCAUUUGGGGAACAUUUUGGAUCAUUAUUUGGUGGAUUUAUAGGAGGAGGUGGAAGUGAGGAUGAAAAAGAAAAUGACAGUUCUGGUGGAAGUUCACUUGCAAAUUUGGAGGCUCCAAAAGCCCCAAACCUUUGCACUUUAAUUAUUUAA